AUGAAUAAUAAUAAUUUCAUAAAGGAGUAGGAUGACUUAAAUUAGCAAAGUAAACAAAUUUAAACAUUAGGUUUGUUUGAAGAUCCCCCAGUUGAUUCCGUAGACACUGAAUUUGAAAAAGAAGAUGCCUUGACUACUUGUUAGAGUGUAGAAGAAGGAUCCCUAAGUUCCGACUGA